UCGUCGUCGUCGAAGCUAAACGCCAAGAGUUAAGCACCAAAACCCUACGUACGUUCUAUCUAUACAGCCGCCAAGUAAAUCAGUUUUCAGUCGCAAAAAGAACGUCACGCGAAAUUUAAGUAGAAAAAUCUAAUCAAAUCAAAUUUAUUUCAUUUUAAAAACAUUUUCUUAUUUAUAUUUUUUAAAAUUUGAAAAAUAUUAAAAAACACAAUCAAAAAUUAAAGUUUUUAAAUUUUUUCCACAAUAAAAAAUUUUUAUUAAACAGAUUUUAAAUUUUAUUUAAGAGUAAAAAGUGCUAAAAUUUUUUUGUAUUUUUUUUACGUUUUUAUAUAUGCAAAAAAAUAAAGAAAACUAUAAAUUAAAGCAAAACACAACAACGUAUUUGAAAAAGUGCAUUAAACAAUAAAAAGCAAAAAACUAUUAUUUAUUGAUAUUUAAUAAAGAACGUAAUUAAACAACGAAUCGAAAAAGAAAUUGCGCGUUUUUCACACCAGGAAAUUGACGGGUUAUUAUUUUAACAACCUAACAAACCAAGGACAACCAAAACUAAGGCGUUUUUUAUUUGUUUAAAAAACAAAUUGCCAAAAUUUUAUAAAUUUCAAACAGCAACAGAACAGCAAAAACUUUAAACAAAAUGUCAUGGAGAUAUGCGCUUGGCAGUGAUAGAUACUCCGCUGAUAGAUAUUCUACAGCCAGUAGUAUUGGUGAUAGAUACAGUUCUUUGUAUUAUCAGUCGCCCAGCCGUCUGGAGUCAGCAGCCUCUUCAAGUGAACACACCACAGGACGUCAAUUGCAACGUGUAUUGCACUAUACGAUGACACCCUGCCGCACAUUGCCCGGCCUCAGAAGGUCAGAAUGCGCCAUACACGAUGUGGAUUGUGAUGAAGUUUAUCCAGGCAUCUAUAUUGGUGAUGCAGCUGCUGCUAAAAAUAAAACAUACCUGCGUAUGAUGGGCAUUACACAUGUUUUAAAUGCCGCCGAAGGUUGUCGUUAUGGUCAGGUCGAUACAGGGCACAGUUACUAUCGUGAUAUGCCAAGUAUUAGAAGGAAAAACAAAGACACUGUUUUCAGAUAUAUGGGCUUUCCAAUGAUUGAUGCUCCUACAACCGAUAUUUCACGUUAUUUCUACGUGGCGGCCAAAUUUAUUGACAGUGCCAUCAGUGGUGGAGGCAAAGUCUUAGUUCAUUGCUUGGUGGGCGUGUCCCGUUCAGCCACCUGUGUUUUGGCCUAUUUGAUGAUCUGUCGUAAAAUGUCAGCGGUUGAUGCUAUACGCACUGUACGCAUGCGCCGUGAUAUUCAUCCAAAUGAUGGUUUCCUACAGCAAUUGGCUGAUUUAGACAUGGAACUGAGACGUAAAAAUCUAUAUCCAUUUUAAGAACCCGAACAAAUCAUAAUAACAUUAUAUAAAACAAUAACAGCAACAACAAUAACCAAAGAAACCAACUCAAUUCAAUUGAACCAUAUAUUCAGAGAAACAAUAUUAUUAAAAAACAAAAUCAAACUAGGUUUAUAUAUUUAAAUAAAAAAUAAAACUGAAAUUUAUAUAGUGAUAAUAAAUAUAGAAAUCAGUAAUCAGAGACCAUUUAUAAAAAGUAGAGACAAAUUCUAAAUAAUCUAAAUAGACUUUUAACGACGGACUUACGGACUGCAUAACUGGACUGCUACUUAAUUGAACCGUUAAACAAAAAACGAUCUUUUGAACUUAUUUUAUAAAUCU